AUGGUAACCUACAAUGCGCCACGUGUAACGGCCUACAAUUUAGAACAUAAAGAAGAUAGAAAUCAUUUUGUAAAGCUAGAAUCACUGCAAGAAACACGAAUCAUGGCGAAAUGGACAAUGUUGGGUGCCGGUGUUAGCAUGUUGAUUGGAACAAGAAGAUGGAAAAGAAAAUUCCGAGGGGGCUCGUUCACACAAGAAUCGUCCAAGUCUAGAAUCUAUAAGGCGUUCAAGAGUCUUGACUUGGUGUUUGAGGCGACAAGAUUACAGACAUUUAUCGACUGGCCAUUGGAAAAGCCAAAUCCUUCUGAACUAGCUACUGAUGGAUUUAUUUAUACAAGGACUAAAGAUUAUUGUACGUGUGUAUUUUGUUGGCAAUUAAUUCAGAUUGAAAUAAAUGAUAAUCCAAGACAAAAACAUGAAAGGAUUGCACCUUUUUGUCCCUUUAUUAGGGAUCAACCGGUUGGUAAUGUUCCCAUCAAUCAGAAUACUUGCGGAACAAUUGUGACUAAGUCUUAUCCUGAAUGUGAUCGCCUGGGUGUUUUUAUCAAACGUUGUCCACCAAAACGCAAGGAUUAUAUGUUAAUAGAAAAGAGAUUGAAAAGUUUUGAUGUUAACAAAUGGCCUGAUGAUCUUACACAAACAAGAGAAGAUCUUGUCGACGCAGGUUUUUUUUAUUGCGGUUUGAGUGACCACGUUCGUUGUUUUCACUGUGGAAAUGGUCUACGCAACUGGGAAUCUGGUGAUAUACCUUGGAAUGAGCAUGCUAGAUGGUAUCCACAUUGCCAUUAUGUUAAUAUUAGGAAAGGACAAGAAUUUAUUGAAAAAAGAACUGGAAUGUGGACCUAUGACAGAAUUGAUACUAUGAUUCUUGAUGUAAAAGAAUCUAUAACUCCACAAAUAAGUAAGAGUCAUAGUUGUACUGAAUAUACCGGAAUGAUAUGUCCAGUCACGGCUACUCAAGUAAGUCUGACUAGUGGCGGGGAAUAUACUGAUAUAGGUGGAGUAAAAAUCGUGAAUUCUGCUGUACAAAAAAUGAUCACUACCAAAGCUGCGACGAAGACGACAAUACUGUCAACGAAUAAAACAGAGAGACAAGAUAAUACCAUUACCUCACAAUGGACUAAUCAUACAAGAGAUGAAUUGGAAAAUGAACUUGAACAGAUGCGCAACUCUAUCACAUGCAAAUUGUGUAUGGUGUAUAAAAUUAGUGUAAUGUUCACACCUUGCGCACAUAUGGUCACAUGUCAUUAUUGUGCUUUAAAUAUAGAAAGGUGUCCCCUAGUCUUUAAAAAGAUGGAUAAAGAAAUAGAGAAGACCGGAUGUUCGUCUACACAAGAAUCGUCAUUAAGGCUCAAGUCUAGAAUCAACAAGACAUUCAAAAAUUAUGAUUAUUUAAAAUCUGAGACUGCGAGAUUACAGACGUUUAUCGACUGGCCAUUGGAAUGGUUAAAGCCUUCUGAACUAGCUGCUGCUGGCUUUUAUUAUAUGAGGACUAAGAUCAUUGUGCGUGUAUAUUCUGUGCACAAAUAA